AUGAGUGAAAACGCUGUGCAUGGAAUUUCUUGCUAUUCUCUCGUUGCUACCUCAGAGGGUGCAUACGACGAGACUCUCAAGUUCUAUCAAAAACUCGGUUUCCAAAAGUUGGCUUUCUUCGGUAUUUCCGAUACUCACAAUGUUCGCGUUUGUAACAACUCUGUCCGUGAAGACUGGCUUCACGUCAGAGGAAGCAACGAUGGCGAGUCUGCCACUCUGAAGCUUCGUUACGUUCCCGGUGAGUUCUCCCUUUCCCCCGUCUCCGAAGAAGCAGAAUGGCGUGGCCAAAAGACCUCUAUCGUCUUUUACUAUCCCAACUUGCCUGAAUUGGUCAAGAAGCUUUCCUCCGACUCUAUCAAGUUCCAAUCUUUGCCUAAUGAAAAGAAACCCGACGAGAUUUACGUCGAAGAUCCUUUGGGCAACUUGGUCGGUUUCUCCGACCGCUACAAUCCCUUCGCUCAUGCUAACAUGAAGAAGUCUGUUGAGUCGGGCGUUCAAUCCAACAUGUCCAGUGGUACCUCUACCCCUCUCGACGCCAUUAACAAGGCCACCAAACAAACCACCAAGGCCCCCGGUGUCAAGAAGAAGAUUGCUGUCAUGACCAGUGGUGGUGACGCUCCUGGUAUGAACGCCGCCGUUCGUGCCGUCGCUCGCUAUGCCAUCCACCGUGGUUGCGAUGCUUUCGCUGUUUAUGAAGGUUAUGAAGGUCUUGUCCAAGGUGGUGACAUGAUCCGUCAAUUGGCAUGGGGCGAUGUCCGUGGUUGGCUCGCCGAAGGUGGUACCUUGAUUGGUACUGCCCGUUGUAUGGCUUUCCGUGAACGUGCUGGUCGUCUCCGUGCCGCCAAGAACUUGAUCACCGCCGGUGUCGAUUCUCUUAUUGUCUGUGGUGGUGAUGGUUCCUUAACCGGUGCCGAUCUUUUCCGCUCUGACUGGCCUGGUUUGGUCCAAGAACUUGAAGACACCAAGGCCAUCACUACUGAGCAAUCUAACCUUUACCGUAACCUUACCAUCGUUGGUUUGGUCGGCUCUAUCGACAACGAUAUGUCCUCUACCGAUGUUACUAUCGGUGCCUUCUCUUCCCUUCACCGUAUCUGCGAAGCCGUCGACUCUAUCUCCUCCACCGCCAUUUCUCACUCCCGUGCCUUCGUUGUCGAGGUUAUGGGUCGUCACUGUGGUUGGUUGGCCGUUUUGGCUGCCUUGGCUACCGGUGCUGACUUUGUCUUCGUUCCCGAGCGCCCCGCUCAAGUUGGCAAGUGGCAGGACGAGAUGUGCAAUGCUUUGAGUGCCUUCCGUAAGGAAGGUAAGAGAAAGUCUAUCAUCAUUGUCGCAGAAGGUGCUAUCGACUCUGAACUCAACCACAUCUCUGCUGAAGACAUUAAGAAACUUUUGUCUGAACGUGUUCAUUUGGACACUCGUGUUACCACCCUCGGUCACGUUCAACGUGGUGGUAUCCCCUGUGCUUACGAUCGUAUGCUUGCUACUCUUCAAGGUGUUGACGCCGUCGAUGCUGUCCUUGCCUCUACCCCCGAGACUCCCUCUCCCAUGAUCGCUAUCAACGGUAACAAGAUCAACCGCAAGCCCUUGAUGGAAGCCGUCAAGUUAACUCACAAGGUUGCCGAUGCCAUUGAAAAGAAGGACUUUGCCUCUGCUAUGGACUUGAGAGACCCCGAAUUCGCUGACUACUUACACACCUGGGAGGGUACUACUUUCAUUCAAGAUGAAAAGAACUUCCUCGCUCCUGAAGAAAGAAUGCGUGUUGCCAUCGUCCAUGUUGGUGCUCCCGCUGGUGGUAUGAACUCUGCUACUCGUGCUGCUGUUCGUUACUGCUUGAACCGUGGUCACACUCCUCUUGCUAUUGACAACGGGUUCUCUGGCUUCUUACGUCAUGACUCUAUCCAUGAGCUUUCUUGGAUCGACGUUGAUGAAUGGUGCAUUCGCGGUGGUAGUGAAAUCGGUACUAACCGUGAUACCCCAGAUCUCGAUAUGGGUCACUGUGCCUACAAAUUCCAACAACACAAUAUCGAUGGCUUGAUCAUUGUUGGUGGUUUUGAAGCUUUUACUGCUCUCUCUCAAUUAGAGCACGCCCGUGUUAAUUACCCUUCUUUCCGUAUUCCCAUGGCUACAAUUCCCGCUACCAUCUCUAAUAACGUCCCUGGUACCGAAUUCUCUUUGGGUUGUGAUACUUGCCUUAACUCCGUCAUGGAGUAUUGUGAUACCAUCAAGCAAAGUGCUAGCGCUAGCCGUCGCCGUGUCUUCGUAUGUGAGGUUCAAGGUGGUAAGUCUGGUUACAUUGCAACUGUUGGUGGUCUUAUAACUGGUGCUUCUGCCAUUUAUACUCCCGAAGAUGGUAUCACUUUGGAUAUGUUGCGUACCGAUAUCGAUCAUCUUAAGCAAACUUUCGCCAUGGAAGCCGGACGCAACCGUGCUGGUCAACUUAUCCUUCGUAACGAAUGUGCUUCCAAGGUUUACACCACCGAUGUUAUUGGCGACAUCAUCAGCGAAGAAGCUAAGCACCGCUUUAGCGCUCGUACUGCUAUCCCUGGUCACGUUCAACAAGGUGGUAACCCUACUCCUAUGGACCGUGCUCGUGCUGCUCGCCUUGCCAUGCGUACCAUUCGUUUCUUCGAAAACUGCCGUGCAGACAACCUGGGAUCCGAAACCGGCUCCGCUGCUGUCAUUGGUAUCCGUGGUACCGGUGUUACCUUCACUCCUGUUGCUGAAGUCGAGUCUAAUGAAACUGAAAUUGAGCAACGUCGUCCCAAGAACGCUUGGUGGCGUGGUAUGCAUGAGUUGGUCAACAUUUUGGCUGGCAAAACUUUCUCUGCUUAA